AAUCGUCGGCUUUCAGUCUGUUAGUGAACGUUUCGCGGUGAACAUCGAGAGAGAAAGAAAGGGAAAGGGAGAUAUAGAAAGAGAGAGAAAUAGAAAGAUACGAAAGAAAGAGAAGGAAAGAGAGAAAGAGCGCUACUUAACCGCGUGUAUCUCAUACCAAAGAAAUUUCUACGAAAGAUACGAAGGACAUCGUCAGUGCAUAUCGUUUUCGAUUUAUUGACGUGUUUCAAGGUCAACGAAAUAGAACUUCUUCGGAUCGCAAAAUAUUCGAGAUAACUGCACAUCGAGAAACGUUCGAUUAAGUGUCAACGAAAGAUAUUCUCCUUUUUUCAAACUUGUUUUUUUUCUUUUUCUUUUUAUUUAUUUAUUCUUUUCUUCUCCCUCAUUGUGAUCUACGUGAACAAGAAGAAGAAGAAGAAGAAAAAGAAAAAGAAGAAGGAGAAAGAGAAGGAGAAGAAGAGGAAGAAAUUACUUUUGUUUUUUAAUCGAACCAUGCCGCCCUCUCAUCAUCGUAGGAUAUCCACUGAAUGCAACUUGUCGAAGAACAACGACGGGAAGAGUAACGACGAAUCCAACAAGGUGGCGAAUUUUACGGUGGCUAUUAACAAUGACUCUACGGAGUCAACAUACUUCGUCGAUCGUUUGCGUCGUCAACAACAAAAUCAACUGCAGCAACAGCAACAGCAACAAUAUCAAUUACAGCAGUAUCUUCAAAGAACAUCGAGAUGUAGGAUACAAACGUUGUCGAGCCACAUUCCAUCGAACGCGGCAAAAGAUAUCGUCGAGGAUGAACUUAGGAACGAUCUCGUUUAUGUACAUUGUGCCACAACCGAGGACGAAGAUGUUGACGAUGAUGACGAAGAGGAGGAGCCAAAAGGACUUGCUAGAUCUAGAUCCUGGCUUUGUUGUCCGGGUGAUCGGAGAUCCGAGAGAACCGUACCGGUUCACGUAGAAAUGGAUUAUACGGAUAAACAACAUUCUCUCCAUGCAGCAGCAUUGUCAUCGUUACGUUCCGAAGUCGCCGAUCUAAAUUCACGACUAUUGAUAGCUACUCGUGCGAGAGAAGCUGCUGAAGUAGCUUUAGCAAGAGCAGAAGUUCAAGCUGCUAGGGCUGAGCAAAGAGCUGAACAGCAGGCGGCCAGGCACGAGGAGAGACUUACCGAAUUGCAUUCCGUCAUUGCCGAGUUGGGCAGACAGUUGGAGAGGCAUCGUGCUACCGUAAUUGCCGAGGAGGAUGAGUCCGAAGAUCUGAAGAUUGGGUGCAUUCAAUUUGUAGAAAUCGAAACCAGUAGGGAUGCGGAGGGAUCGAUUACGAAUCCGGUGGAGGAGAGCGAGGGAGGUGGAGAUAUUCAAGGUGAUGGAGAUAGAACCUUGGGAGAUGCCGAUUCCAGUUGCUGUGAGGAAAUUGAACAUCGAACCAACGAGAACGGUAGGGAACAAUUGGACAGUCCUGCUGCUUUACCAACACCAGAACCAACUCAACCAGCGGCUUCGUGUCAAAGUGUCGCCGUGGCUACUCUCCAAGAAGAAGUUACGGCCCUUAGAGCAGAAAUCGUGAGCCUCCAAGCACAGUUGGCACAAUUUAAGAAUCAGGGACAGAAUGGCAAUCAGGGACAAUUAAAUGGAGACUCACCUCGACGAGAACAUAAAACGAGAGGUAACACCAGCUCGCCAGAACCUCUAACGGCACCUUGCUCACCACUUCUGCCACCCCUUCAAACACCACCGACAAAGAGCGUAACGAGGGAGGAACCGCCGGUUCUCAAGAUGGCCGAGAGGGUGAGGCUAAGAAGAACUGAUGAGAGACAUAUCACUGGUCCCGAUAUUACGAAUCUCGGUGUUUGUUCGACCAUGGUUGCUGAACAUCUCGUGUCCGAUCUUUUAGAACAAUCGAAUUUGCAAGAAUUAAAUGGCUCGGAGAAACAGUUUGAGGUAGAAACAGAAAGAUUGAAUAGUAGAUUGGAACAUGCUCGAGCGAAUAAUGCUGUUCUUGCUUUGACCUUGCAUGAGAGCAAAGCUCAAUGCGAUAGAUUAAGUCUACUCGUUGGGAAAUACGAAUCGAAUGCAAUGGCGUUAAGAUUAGCGUUAUCUUAUAGCGAUCGUGCCAUAGAGGCCUACGAUGUUCUCGUUGCUUUAUUAGAAAGCGAGAUUGCGCUUUCUACCGAACGAAAUAGCCUUACUAUCGACAAUAGAAAAGCAGCUGAGAAUGUAGCUUAUCAUAUGUUGAACAGGCUUGAAAAUGACUGUGCUAAUGUUAUGGGUGCACCUUGGGAGGAUAGUAUAAUCUUGUCGGAUGAAUCUGAAGUAACUUGGACUGUCGAAAACGAGGAGAGACUUAGAAGACACCUUAGCAGAUUAAAAGGCGAUCGUGCUAUGGUCAGAUCUACUGCCGUGGAAUUAGAAAGUGUUCAUGUCGAACCUCUUAAUUCAAAAAAUACUAUUUCUCUCGCGGAAGCUAGAAAAUUAGAUUUAGAGACUGCUGUACUUAUGCAAGAAUUAAUGGCUAUGAGAGAAGAUAAAGCAGAGUUGAGAGCAAGAGUAUUUCUUUUGGAAAAGGAAAGAGCUACGAUAGAACUAAAAUUGAAUGCGCAAGAAACGCAAAUUGCAGCUCAGCAUGCUGCUAUAGAACAUCUUCAAGGACAACUUAACGAUACCGAGGCUAUGUUAUCAAUGAAUAAAGAUCGUGGUCUUAGCGAUAAUGAAAGCGAAGGUAUUGAAUCUGAACUUAUAGAAGCAUUAGGUAGAGAAGCAAGAUUAAAAGAACGCCUACAAGAAUUAGUAUCAACAUUGGAUAAAGUGAAUAAGAAUUCAGAAUUGAGACAUCAACAAUCUGCAGAACUUGUUAAUGAUUUGAAAAAAGCUAAUAGUGCCCUGGUACAAACGUUGGAAAAAACAAAGAAAAAAUAUCAAUCUAGAUUAAAAAAAUUAGAGCAACAAAUGUUAGGAAUGGUGGAAAGACACACAGCACAGCUUAUCUACAUCGAUGAGAGGUUUGUAUAUAACGUGGACAGUCUGUGCUCCAGCCAACAUAGUUAACAUUGAUACAAUACCAAAUUUGAUGUAUGCCCACUCCAUAUCUCUUGAUAUUUAACCGUUAAUUGAAAUAAUAUCAGUCUUCUUAGCAUAUAUUAGUACUUAAAAUUGUUCUCCUUCCAUUUUCCGUAUUUUUUCUUCAACCAUCUCUUGUACAAUCCGUUUUUUGUAUACUUUAUAAAAGUUAACCUGGCCAACCUGCCAGUUGAUCAUAGAAAAUUCUAAUAGUGCCCCACAAACGAAAAAUAAUGGUAAGAAACGGUAGACACCAAAAGUUUUCUUCCCAGGCCACUUUUGCAUAAACUUCCUUAAUCUUUUAAUGAAAAGUAACAUAGAUACGUUUUAUGCUUGAUCAGGUAAUACAGAAAUUUUCUUUUUGGCGGCCAUAUUGAAUCCUGCGCGUGCCGCCAUCUAAUUCUUCUAACUAUAUUUAAUGUUUGUAAAAUCAUUGAUACUGCUAUAUUACGUAUUAUUUGUGAAAUAAAUUUUUUAUUUUCACAUAAUUAUAACAUAAAAGUGAUUCAAUUUUUAACAAAUUUUUAGGUUAAAUCACUGAAACAACGCAUAGCUUUGCUAGAGGAAGAAGCAGCAGUAUAUAAAGGAACUCUACCUCUACAAUCGCAAAGCUCAGGAGCUAGUGAAACAUCUUUAUGACAAUUAAGUGACUAAAAAUGAUAUAUAAAAAUGAUAUAUAAACGUAAACGUAAUUUAUUAAAAUGCGUUUCCUGUCGUCGUGAAACGUGCAAAAUAAAGAUUAAAUUUAUGUAUUUUUUUACUGGAAUAAUUUCUUAAGCAUGACGCUUUGCUAUUCGCUUUGUAAUUUUAUGAAGGUAUGAUACACCAUUCUCUUGUAGCAUACAGAAUUUUAUGCUGGGAAUUGUGACGUGCUAUGAAUACUUGGACGCGUGCAAGCUAUUUGGUAUAUGAUGAAUUAUAAAUAUAAAUUACUAGUAUGUUGUCUCAUUCAUAGCAAUGAUAUUUACUUGUAAAUAUGUAUAUUGUAACCAUAAACAGAAGUGAUACAUAUAAACAAUAAUUAAAUAAAUUGUGCUUUAUUUAUACAUUAGGAUAUCUUUCAUAAUUUACAAUGCAAAGUUUUAUAAAGAAAACAAGUUUUUUUUUCUUUAUACUUAUACUUAUGUAUUUAAACAAAAGAUAUUAUAUUGGUUGAUUUUCAGCAAGA